AUGGAGCGGUGGGCCGGGUCGGUCUGGGGUUCCCUGUGGGGGGCCGGCUGGGGCCGCUGGCCGGGCUGGGAGCUGUUGGCCGCCUGCGCGGUGAUCGGCGUGGUAGGCUGGCUGCUCCGCUUGCUGGACAGGAGGCCGGGCGGCCGGAGGGCUCUGGGGCCGCUCCCCUCGCAACCCCCGCUGUCCGGGGGGAGCCGGCGCUGCAGUGGGAGCCGCCCAGGUGAAAUAACAAUGGAUACUAUAUUGUCUCGACUGAAGAAGCUAACGCCUGAUGAUCUUAGAGAAGAAAUUGUGAAAGCUGGACUGAAGUGUGGACCUAUUACCUCAACCACCAGGUUUAUUUUUGAAAAAAAAUUGGCUCAGUUUUUGUUGGAACAACAGGGAGGGUUGGAGAUCAAUGCAUCCACUGUUUCAAAGAAAUCUUCUGAAAACACUGCAUUUGAUAGUAGCCAGUCAGAAAUACAAAGAGCUUUGAAAUCUACUGCAGUGAACCACAAGAGUCAUAUAAACGUCUCUGAAGAGGGAGACUUUGGGUACAAUAUGGGCCUGAAUCCCCCAGAAGAGGAAGCUGUAAUGCACAAGACCUGUUCUGCAUCAGUCUGUGGAGCAGUAGAUGUUGAUUCACAAAUAAAUGCUCAGACACCAUCUAGAGAUCCUCCUCUAUACUAUGGCGUAUGUCCCGUUUAUGAUGACAUAUUGGCAAGAAAUGAGAAAGUGCAUGUUUAUGAUGAUAGAAAGGAAGCUCUGCAAGCUGUUAAGAUGAUUAAGGGCUCCCGAUUUAAAGCUUUCUCCAACAGAGAAGAUGCUGAGAAAUUUGCAAAAGGAAUAUGUGAUUACUUCCCAUCUCCAAGCAAGUCAUCCUUAUCUUUAUCUCCAGUGAAAAUAGGACCAUUAUUUAACAGAGAUGGCUUAUGCUCCCCUGAGACAGAAACAGUUAAUAAAGAAAGAGCCAACAGUUAUAAAAGUCCCCGUACCCAGGACCUUACUGCCAAACUUCGGAAAGCUGUAGAGAAAGGAGAUGAAGCAACAUUUUCAGAACUUAUCUGGAGUAACCCACGCUAUCUGAUUGGAUCUGGAGACAACCCAACAGUUGUACAAGAAGGGUGUAGGUACAAUGUCAUGCAUGUUGCUGCCAAGGAGAAUCAAGCUGGCAUCAGCCAGUUGCUAUUAGACACUUUGGAAAAUCCUGAAUUUAUGCGGCUCAUGUAUCCAGACGAUGAUGAAGUAAUGUUGCAGGAGCGCAUUAGAUAUAUAGUUGACCUUUACCUUAAUACGCCGGAUAAAAUGGUAUUUGAUACUCCAUUGCAUUUUGCUUGCAAGUUUGGGAAUCUGGAUGUGGUUAAUGUGCUUACCUCGCACCCAGACAUUGUAAAAAAUCCAAGGAACAAGUAUGGUCAAACUCCAGCAGAAGUAAUCUGUGAAAGAAACAAAAAUAAAUCGAUGGAACUGAAAGAGAAAAUAAGAGAAUAUUUGAAAGGUCGAUAUUAUGUGCCACUCUUGCGAGCAGAAGGCAAUUCCUCAUCUCCAGUGAUUGGUGCACCUUGGUCACCUGAUCAGUCAGAUGAUAACCCCCUUACAGCUUUACCUAAACACAGUGGCAGCCCCAAAGAUCCAGUCUUGUCAGUGAGAGCUUUUGCAGGCCCAAUGACCCCCUCCAAGGCAGAAGAAUUUCGCAGGCUUUGGAAAACUCCACCUAGAGAGAGAGCAGGCUUCUUUCACAAUGUCAGGAAAUCCGAUCCAGAAAGAGGAGUUGAAAGAGUUGGAAGGGAGUUAGCUCAUGAGCAGGGGUUCCCGUGGGUUGAAUACUGGGAAUUUCUGGGCUGUUUUGUUGAUCUGUCUUCCCAGGAGGGGUUGCAAAAAUUAGAAGAAUACCUGAGUCAACGGGAAAUGAGCGAAAAGGCUCAGCAAGAAACAGGAGAAAAUGAAACCUGCAACAGAUAUAAAACUCCACAUCCUUCUGGCAAAAGUAAAAAAUGCUGCAAUUCAAUUUCUGUUGGAGCAUUUUUAGAUGAAGAUGAUGAUGACAUGAGCUUAGAAGAAAUUAAAAACAGACAGAAUGCAGCACGGAAUAACAGCCCACCUGUUGUGUCUAAGGAAUCGAGUAUAGAUGCUAUUGGAGAUUCGGAGUGUGACAUCCUGUCGAUGGAACACAAAGUAAACAUUAUAGAAACAUCGGACCUCUCCAUGCAUUACGAGAAGGAGGUUUCAUCCAGCAAAAAUGGAUUUUGCAGCCCUGUAACUAAUGAGAGGAUAACUAGUGACAGAAAACAUUCACGUGGUGGAGAGGAGUGCCUUAUAUCCCCAGUCUCCAAUUUAAUGGCGGAAUUUGAAAGACUGUCUUUCCAAGGCCAAGCAGUGGCAGGGGAAUGUUUGGUGGCGAAAUCAAACAAAAUCACUGCAAAAAUUGAGAAUGAGAGAAUUUUGGCUGAAGGAAUGAGCCAGGUCAGAAUAUUAUCUAAGGACCAGCUGGGUAAAACCUGCUCAGCACUUUCUGUGGCAAGCUGUUCUGAGCCAGCUACUACUGAAAAGCCUGGAGAUACAAAAUUAAGGACAGAAAACAAAAUACCCUCAGAAGCUGAAAGACUGUCAUUGGACCCUGGUAUUUGGGACAAAGAGACACAGCAGCUUGGCAGUCUUGCAGUGCAAUCUGAGUGUGCUGCUUAUUUGUGUCAAGAGCCCUCUUCUCAGAGAUUUCUUUUGAAGACUCCACCAACAAAUGAAAAUACAAAGAAGUUAUUCCUCUUUGGGGAACAACCAUCAAAGCUGGAUAGUGAUGUCUUAGCAGCUGUAGAAGGAGUAGAGAUUGACCCACAAAAAUACCCCAUUACUUACAAAUGGAAGAAUGCUGUACAGUCCUACUCUUCUUCUGACAGGCAAAGUUGGCCAAGUCCAGCAUUGAAAGGAAGGUUCAAGUCCCAGUCUCUUGCAGCAGGCCCACCAAAUGGUUCAACGUACUCUAGCCCAAGAAGAAAUAGUCCAGUGAUGGGCAGCCCAGGGAAAUAUGGCAAUGUUGCUUCAUUUUUUCCGGACCUUGGGAGUCCUGGGCGGUACAGUCCAGCAUAUGCCAACAAUAUACUGUUGUUAAAACUGCAUCACUUGUCAAAACCUCCUUCCCAUUAG